AGCCGCUGACACACAUACCUGACCCGGUUGUUAGCCCGGAACAAGAACGGCGGCCGUGGUAUUCCGCCGCGCUCGUCGCACAGUUCAGUUCCUACCUCAAAGAGACGAGUUCGAGGCGGUUUUUCGUGUUCAGUGCCUGUGCACAUCCUGCUGACGACGUGUUUAUUCGCCGGAAUACAGUGCAAAAGUUUUCUUUCGUAAUUGGUCAGCGAUUUAAAGAAAAAUGCGGCUUUCAGUCGUAUUUGAGUUGCUGUUGAUCUUUUUGAUCAUAGCUUUUGCUGCUUAUGGUAGAGUUAUCCCGGAAAACAAAGACGUAUGGAACAAAGGCUUGAAUAACGUCAAAGAACAUUUGAAAGCGAUGGGUCGAGCUAGACAAGCUACUCCUCAAGCAGCUCCUCCCAACCGGUACUGCGCUUGUUCGAACCUAAUGUGUAAUUGCUGCAGAGAUUUUUCACUACCAGUAGUUCCCAUCAAAGGACCAGGUUGCGCAUCGCUGAAGUAUUUGAAAGGUGACCAAAUGGCUGUGACGAUGAGCUUCGGGGACAAGGUGUUGCGCAACACGACCAUAUCCGGGAAAAAACCGAAGCCCGUGUGCAUGUCACUGCCCGGUGGUAUAUCCAAGUUCUGCGGUCGGGUAUACGGCAUCUCAAGAGACGGUGAUCAGUUCAAGGCAUGCCUGGGACUCGAGCUGCGAGCUCUGGACGACGUGGAGGCCGCGCUCAGGGUGUCGUGCUUCCGGUUUGGGCCGCAGGGCAUGAAAGUGGAACCGGCCCAACCGUUGCCGGCGUCCCAGACGUUGCAGGGCGAGGACGAGGACGACGAGGAGGACGAUGACGAUGACGACGAUGACGAUUACGGUUUGGGAGGUGGUGAUGACGAGGAGGAAGACGAUGACGACUCGGAGAACGACGUGGAGUCCACCGGGGAUGCGGACUACACGGGUCUGAGCGCGCUGAGCACCGACUUCCUGGACAGCCUGUUUGGUGGUGGUGGUGGCGGCGGCGAGGACGACGAGAACGAGGCCAGCACAACGGCAGCGGCGAAACCAACAACAGCGAAACCGGUGGCGGUCAAGUCGAAAGUGACGGCCGCGCCGCUAUCGUCCUCCAGCCAACAGGUGACGGAGAAGCAGGCGGCGUCUAGCGUCGAGUCCGUGACGUCUACAUCGUUCACAGUGAGCGUGGUACAAGACCCGGCGAUGUCCUCCGAGGUGUCCGCGGAUGCUAGGCCAACCACCACUGCGCCAUUGGACGACAAUCCGACGGACCGCGUGGAAACGGUACCCACGUCGGUGGCCAGCAAGGAUAAGGACUACGAAGACGACGACGACGAGGACGACGACGACGACGAAGAAGAAGAAAGUGACCUUGUGUCGGACAUCAUCGAAACGGCGGCUAGCGCGGUCGGUAUGUCGGCGGACGGGGCAGUGGACGCAAACUCGACGACAGCCAAGACGAUCGACAGGAUCGCGACCACAGAACACGCGGCCGCAGCUACGACAUCGACGACGAUAAUGACGGUCAGCAGCGCGCCAGCCGCCAAAGAUUACGACGACGAUGACGACGACGACGAGGACGAUGACGACGGGUACAGGAGCUUCAAGCACAUGCCUGUGGCUAUCGUACCCAAUGACAGACGCGGCAGGACGCACCGCAGGAUGAGGCUGUCCUCCGCAGACGAAUCAACCAUACAUUUCAUGCAAAAAGUGUAAUAGAACUGUUGCUCACGGUAAUGAUGAGAAUACGCAUUUUACCCCUCCCUCCCCCUUUCCUCCCAAUGUUAAGAUGUACAUAUUAUUAUACCCAACACUAUAUAUUUAUUAUUAAUUUAUUAAUUUAUUUGAUGACAAAUACAUUUCGUG